GAAAUGAAAUUACGAUUUAAUUCAUUCGAUAUAGUAUGUGGCGUAACCGAACUCCAGAGUUUGGUUGGCCUCCGGGUCAACCAAAUCUACGACAUCGAUAACAAAACGUUUCUGAUUCGUUUUCAAGGUGGUGGAGAAACUAAAAAAGUGUUACUGCUGGAAUCUGGCAUACGUUUCCAUACAACGUCAUUCGAAUGGCCAAAGAAUAUGGCACCAUCAGGAUUCAGUAUGAAAUUGCGAAAACAUUUGAAGAACAAACGUUUGGAACAAUUUUCGCAGGUGGGCACUGAUCGUAUUGUGGAUAUGGUAUUCGGAACCGGGGAAGCCUCAUACCACAUUAUAUUGGAACUCUACGAUCGGGGCAAUAUUAUAUUGACUGAUCAUGAAAUGAAAAUUUUGUACAUUUUGCGUUCUCAUCAAGAAGGGGAAGAACGUUUUGCCAUUCGAGAAAUAUAUCCUAUUGGUCGAGUGAAGAAAGAAAAUUCCUUGCCAAGCGAUGGGGAAUUAAAGGAAAUGGUAUCAUCCUCAGCUCCGUGUCACAACUUAAAGAAUAUGGUUAUGUCCGUAAUAGAAUGUGGCCCGGCCUUAGCAGAACACAUUUUAAAAAAACAUCAAUUGGAUAAUUUGUCCAUUGGAAGCGUGGAUGAUAAGGGCGAAGAAGCUGGAGAGCAGCAGAAGAAGUCGAAGAAAAAUAAAAACAAACGUGAGGCUGCAAAACAAGCUGAUAGCAAACCAUUCGACAUUGAAGCUGAUUUACCAAGACUUAUGGAUGCAUUGAAGGAUGGCUACGAAAUAAUGAAAAAUGCCCGACAAAACGUCAGUAAGGGCUACAUAGUACAGCGAAAAGUGGAGAAGCCAACAACCGAAGAGGGAGCUGAAGUGGAACAUUUCUAUCAAAAUAUAGAAUAUCACCCUCUGCCAUUGUGUCAGUACGAAGGCGAACCAAUGGCCACUUUCGAUACAUUUAUGUUGGCCGUAGACGAGUUUUACUCUACUCUCGAAGGACAGAAAAUCGAUAUAAAAACUUUGCAACAAGAGAAGGAGGCUUUGAAAAAAUUAUCCAAUGUUAAAUUGGACCACGCCAAGCGUCUGGAAAAUUUGACGAAAGCCCAAGAGGUUGACAAGCAGAAAGCCGAACUAAUUACUGCCAAUCAGGUUCUUGUUGAUAAUGCUAUAUUGGCCAUACGUUCAGCUAUUGCCAAUCAAAUGUCUUGGCCUGAUAUUCAUGAGUUAGUCAAAGCUGCCCAAGCAAGUGACCCAACUGCGGCAUCAAUCAAACAACUGAAACUUGAAAUCAAUCACAUAACAUUAAAGUUAAGUGAUCCCUAUGGAAGUGCUGAGGAUGACGAAGAGAAUUCAAUGCCCACCUUGCUAGUGGAUGUCGAUUUAGCUUUAUCUGCUUGGGCGAAUGCACGCAAAUACUACGAUCUGAAGAGAACGGCAGCAGAGAAGGAGAAGAAAACCAUUGAUGCGUCACAAAAAGCCUUGAAGUCAGCCGAAAGGAAAACCCAACAAACACUCAAAGAUGUUCGAACCAUUUCGACAAUAUCGAAAGCCCGCAAGGUAUAUUGGUUUGAGAAAUUCUACUGGUUUAUAAGUUCAGAGAAUUAUUUGGUUAUUGGCGGAAGAGAUGCCCAGCAAAACGAACUUAUUGUCAAGAGAUAUAUGCGUCCCACAGAUAUUUAUGUACACGCUGAAAUUCAAGGUGCGUCAAGUGUUGUUGUUCGAAAUCCAAACGGUGGCGAUGUUCCCCCCAAAACUCUUAUUGAAGCUGGCACCAUGGCUAUUUCAUAUAGCGUUGCUUGGGAUGCAAAGGUGGUGACAAAUGCUUACUGGGUACGUAGUGAUCAAGUAAGCAAGACUGCGCCAACAGGUGAAUACCUGGGAACUGGUAGUUUUAUGAUUCGUGGCAAGAAGAAUUUCUUGCCUUCUUGCCAUCUCAUCAUGGGACUUACUUUGCUGUUCAAAUUGGAGGAUAGUUUCAUUGAAAAGCAUCGCGGCGAACGAAAAGUGCGUACUUUCGAGGAAGAGCGGGAACAUGGAGAACAUCACAUAACCACAGAAAAUGAAAAACUUGAGGAUGUGGAGGAGGUAGAAGUCGAACUUGAGGAGGAAGAUGAAAGCUCACAUUCAGAAUUUCCAGAUAUUCAAGUCAAGGUAGAGCAUGAUACUGGCCGUAUAACAAUAAACAAUGAAGAAAAAACAAAUGUAAACGAGGAGAAAAAUCGGAAAGAACAAGCAACUUCCAAGGAGCAGAAGGACGAGGAGGAAGAGGCGACAAUUAUUGCAGCUGUCCCAUCUCGUAAAAAGCAGCAAAUGAAUGCCAAGAAACGCAAAGAAGAAAAGGAACGUAAAACACAACAACAACAGAUACAAACGCAGUCUUCCGAAACUGCGGAUAAUCGCAAUAAUCAGGCUAAACGUGGCCAAAAGGGAAAACUUAAGAAAAUUAAAUCAAAAUACAAGGAUCAGGACGAAGAGGAACGUCAACUCCGUAUGGAGAUUCUUAAAUCGGCUGGCAAGAAAACUAAUGCCCCUUCAUCUGAUCCAAAAUUAGAAGAAUGUGCUCUAGCUUUAAAAAAUGCAAAACCCAAACAACAAAACUUUGAGCCGAAACCAACGCAAGAAAAUAACGACGAUGAUGAUGGCGAUGAUAAAAAUACUGGCGCUGAUGUGGAUAUGAUUGAUUCGUUAACGGGCCAACCCUAUGAGGAUGACGAAUUACUGUUUGUAAUACCGAUGAUUGCACCCUAUCAAUCUAUACAAAAUUAUAAAUAUAAAGUAAAACUUACACCGGGUACGGGUAAACGUGGCCGGGCGGCUAAAACUGCCCUUACCAUGUUUGGAAAGGAUAAAAUGUGCACCAAUCGCGAAAAGGAUUUACUUAAGAGCAUAAAAGAAGAGGCCUUAGCUCGCAAUAUACCAGGCAAAGUUAAAUUAUCUGCACCACAACUACAAAAGUUCAAGAAAUGAAAUGAAAUUUCAAUUGUUAUGAAUGUAAAUAAAA